CCGAAGAAGAACAACAAGCACAAAACUCGGAAACACUUCACGACAUGUCGUGCUCCGUCGCAGUCUCGAACUCGCCGGUAUUUUCACCGCCGCCGUCUCUAUUCUGCAACAAGACCUCCAUGAUCACCUCCACCCCCGAAGCCCUUAACCUAGCUCACCUGAAACAGCAACCGCCACAGCAAUCUUCGUCCUCGCCGAACUCAGCUCCGCCGUCGCCGUCUUCGCCGUUCCGGCUACGGAUUCCUAAGUCUCUGAGCACUCUGUCGGCCGCAGUUUCGGGAUCGUCGUCUCCGCUGACGCAAUUGAAGAGGAAGCGCCCGGCGAAGCUUUGCAUUCCGAUUGCGUCGACUGGAUUUGGAGCUGCUCCGGCGACGCCGUGUGCGGCGGUGUGGAGAGAGAUGGUGGAGGAAGAUAGAGAAGGGUACUACUCUGUGUAUUGUAAGAAAGGUAGGAGAGAGGCUUUGGAGGAUCGAUACUCAGCGUCUCUUAAUCUUCAAGGUGAUCCCAAACAGGCGUUUUUUGGUGUAUUUGAUGGGCAUGGAGGGGCAAAAGCUGCGGAAUUCGCAGCUCAGAACUUGGGAAAGAACAUUUUAGAUGAAGUUGUGAGGAGAAAUGAUGAUGAUAAAUUUAAGGAAUCUGUCAAGUUUGGUUACAUGAAGACAGAUUCUGAAUUUCUUAAAGAGGAUGUAGCCGGUGGAUCAUGCUGUGUGACAGCUUUGAUCAGGAACGGAACCCUUGUUGUGUCCAAUGCUGGUGAUUGCCGCGCUGUAAUGAGCAGAGGAGGUGCUGCGGAGGCACUGACAUCUGACCAUCGACCGGCAAGAGAAGAUGAAAAGACCAGAAUUGAGAACUUGGGUGGCUAUGUUGAUAUGUGCCAUGGUACAUGGAGAAUCCAGGGAUGCCUAGCUGUAUCUAGAGGAAUUGGAGAUGCGCACCUUAAAAAGUAUGUAACAGCAGAGCCAGAGAGUCAAGUCCUUCGACUCGGACCAGAGCAUGAGUUCAUAAUCUUGGCUUCAGAUGGAUUAUGGGAUAAGGUUAGCCACCAAGAAGCUGUGGAUAUUGUUCGACCUUCAUGCUUAGGCAUUGAUCGAAAACAACCUCUAUUGGCAUGUAAAAAGCUGGUAGAUUUGUCUGCAUCACGAGGCUCCCGCGAUGAUAUUAGUGUGAUGGUUGUCCAAUUGGGGAGCUACAUGUGAUUUUCCGGCACCAUUCAUCUGCCAGGGAAUUUUAGCAUCAGUCAGAUAUCUAACACACAGGCUGACAAGAAGUUUAGGCAAGAAACUGCAAUUGGUGUAGGCAGAUUAAUGCUAAAUUAUUGACUGUAGAGGCAUUCUUUCUAAAUCACCCAUUGACGGGAGAUUGAUAUGUUGAUUAACUUGAUUCUCUUGUUAUAAUUUAUCUCCUAUUGAAUGAGAAUACAUAUUACAUAGAA